AUGAGCAGUCUUUAUACAUACAUUCCUCUCCUAUUUGCUUUGUACAUGUUCACCAAGCACUUGUUUAACAAACUAAGAAAUCUUCCACCAAGUCCCAUUCUCAAUCUACCCAUUCUUGGACACCUCUACCUCCUGAGAAAACCAAUUCACAGAUGUUUAGCCAAGAUUUCUGACAGUUAUGGCCCAAUACUUCUGCUACAAUUCGGCUCCCGCCGUGUCCUGGUGGUGUCGUCUCCGUCAGCCGCUGAGGAGUGCCUCAACAAAAACGAUAUUAUUUUUGCCAACCGCCCAAGCAUUACGGCCAGUAGUGACAACACAUCCUUGGCGAGCGUUACUUACGGAGGUCACUGGCGAAUCCUUCGUAAAUUAUCUUCCAUGGAAAUGCUAUCCACUCAUAGACUCCAAAUGCUUCAAGAUAUUCGUUUUGAUGAGGUAAAGGCCAUGAUAAAAAGGCUGUAUCGCAUUUCAGAAACGAAGCAAGCGGUUGAUAUGAAAAUCAUGUUCUUUGAACUGAUAGCGAUUGUGAUGAUGAGAAUGAUAGCUGGAAAAAGGUAUUAUUGUGAGAAUGUGGUGGAAGUCGAGGAGGCAAAGAAGAUUAGAGAGAUUACGAUUGAGGUUUCUCGGAUUAUUGGUGCAUCAAAUAUGGAAUAUUAUUUGCCCGUGUUAAAAUUGCUGGGAGUCGGAGGGGCGAAGAAGAAACCAAUGAUAUUACAAUUCUUGCAGGAACUGGUGGAAGAAUGUAAAGGAAGUGCCAAUGGCGGCAGCAACAAUUUGGAUAAUUCAGGGACAAAUAAAACGAUGAUUGAAGUGCUGUUGACACUGCAGGAGAAAGAACCUGAGUAUUACACAGAUGGAAUUAUCAGAAGCCUCAUGCUGGUUUUGCUGACAGCUGGGACAGAAACAUCAGCUGCAACAAUGGAAUGGGCACUAUCUCUUUUAUUGAACAAUCCAGAAGUCUUAAAGAAGGCCCAAACUGAAAUUGAUAAUCUCGUAGGAGAUGAACGUUUGUUGGAGGAAUCCGACAUAAUUAAUCUACCUUACCUACGUUGUAUUAUAAAUGAAACAAUGAGAAUGUAUCCUCCGGCUCCUCUCCUAGUACCUCAUCAGUCCUCGGAGGAAUGUUUUGUAGGAGGAUAUCGCAUACCAAGAGGCACAAUGUUGUUAGUGAACUUGUGGGCUAUACAGAAUGAUCCUAAGAUUUGGAUGGAUCCCAGAAAAUUUAAACCUGAAAGAUUUGAAGGCCUUGGAGGAACCAGAGAUGGAUUCAAGUUAAUGCCUUAUGGUUUCGGGAGGAGAGGAUGUCCCGGAGAGACCCUAGCUUCACGUAUAGUCGGACUGGCAUUAGGAUCAGUUAUCCAAUGCUUUGAUUGGGAAAAAGUUGGCAAGGAAAUGGUAGACAUGACUGAAGGAACUGGAAUAUCUCUGUCCAAAGGUCGGCCUGUAAUGGCUAAGUGCUGCCCCCGUCCCAUAGCAACUAAGCUUUUUUCUCCUUAA